UGGCCGCUCGUUUGCCCCCUUCUAUAAAAAAACUAUUUUACUUCUCAUAUGUUGCCAGUAGAAGGUUGUGGUGCACUCAUGAUAGGGUUGUAUUUUUGGUCAGGCUUUUCAUGAGAUAAGCCUGUCAUACGACGAAGCACUUAGGGAAAACAAACUAAGUUAAAAGCAAAGUGAACAUGAGAGUUCGCUGAUAUUUAUGUACAAAUAUCAAAUUGUCAAAUCUGUUUUAUACUCUGUUUUGUGUACAGAUUUUGGACUAGUACUCUGUGGUUUUUAAUGAUGAAGAUCUGUGAUUUUAGUUUGAUUCUAUAUUGUCUGUAGUGCUAAAUUGGUUAUGGUGCUCGUAAUGUUAUGUUAAUAAAAUUUUAAUUAUUUUUUAUAGAAAAUUGUAUUACAACUUCUAACAGUGGAGAAAUCUAAUAAAAAGUUGUGGAACGUAUUCAUUCACUUUAGCUUUACUAUUUUAAAAGUAAAUAUAGUCUUUCAACGUCUGUUAAAAGAAUAUUUAAGUCAUGAAUAUUGCCGUGUUUACAACCACGGUGCUGAAUAUUUGUUUAUGGCUUAAUAAAUAUGGCUUAUCUCAAUGCCGGCUGCAAUGUAAAUACUAAUAAUUCUUCGGAUAUAAUUGACGAUACCGAUGUUGCAGAUGAAUUGUCCAUAGUACCCUUCGAUAAAGAUACUUUUGCAAUAUGUGAGUUAUGUGGAAAAGUGGGGCGUCGUGGUCAUUUUUAUCACCGCAAUAAUCGUUUUUGCUCCCUGAGAUGCCACACACGUAAGCAGAGAAGGCGAGAUUGUAAUUGGAAAUUUGAGCUGAUGGAAGGAGCUGAUCACAUGGCAGGCUUAAUACCAUUAGAACCGCUUCCACAACUGCAACACUGGCAGGCUGCAUUUAAUGAUUUACAGGCAGGACCAAUAAAGCAGUCUGCAGCAUUGAUAGCAAAUACAUAUGAAUGGAAAGAUGAGUUAUUUGGUUGUGACUUUCUUGCAGCGCCUGUGAGUCUAUUUAAACAUGCCCCCUUACAUGAAAUGUGGGAUAAUACCUUUGAAGGCAUGAAAGUUGAAGUUAAAAAUACUGACUGUGAUAAUUAUUCUGAGAAAAAUAAUGACUUUUUCUGGGUAGCUUCGGUGUUAAAGGUAAAAGGUUAUAUGGGGCUUCUAAGGUAUGAAGGAUUUGGUAGUGAUGAUUCAAAAGACUUCUGGGUGAAUUUGUGUUGUUCUGAAGUACAUCCUGUGGGAUGGUGUGCAACAAGAGGCAAGCCACUUAUACCACCAAGAAGUAUAGAAGACAAAUAUACUGACUGGAAAAAGUUUCUAGUUAAACAGUUGACAGGUGCCCGUACUUUACCUGCUAAUUUCUACAGUAAACUAAAUGAUAGUCUUGUAUCAAGAUUUUCUAUUGGUUCCGUUAUGGAAGUGGUAGACAAAAAUAGAAUUUCUCAAGUUAAGGUAGCUAGCGUUUCUGAGAUAGUGGGUAAAAGGUUACAUGUAAAGUACUAUGACAGUUCCCCAGAGGACAAUGGUUUUUGGUGUCAUGAGGACUCACCAUUGAUUCAUCCUGUGGGUUGGGCAUUCCAAGUUGGUCACUCUCUAGACGCGCCGCAGGGAUACUGUCAGAGGGUAGCCAGCGGCCGACUGUUGCCUAACGAUACGACACCGGACAUGUUCUAUAAAUACCCAACCAAUGAACCACCUUUGUUCUCCGAAGGGAUGAAGUUAGAAGCGAUAGAUCCCUUAAAUUUAUCCGCUAUAUGUGCCGCCACAGUUAUGCAGAUAUUAAACGAAGGAUACAUGAUGAUAAGAAUUGAUUACUACCCCGCGGAUGCGUCAGGGGCCGACUGGUUCUGCUAUCAUCAAAGAUCACCCUGUAUAUUCCCAGUUGGGUUUGCAUUGGCGAACAAUAUCCCUCUUGUGCCACCUGCGGGUUUCAGCAUAGAAGAGUUCAGUUGGGAGUCGUACCUGCGCGAUGGGGGCGCGGUGCCGGCGGGUCGAGCGGCGUUCGCGGCGCGCGGGCACGUGGUGUCGCACGGCUUCGUGGCCGGCAUGCGUCUCGAGUGUGCGGACCUCAUGGACCCGCGUCUCGUCUGUGUCGCCACAGUCGCUAGAGUCGUCGCUGAUUUGCUCAAGGUACAUUUCGACGGUUGGGGGUCCGAGUACGACCAGUGGCUGUGGGCGCACAGUACGGACGUGUACCCCGUGGGCUGGUGCCGCGCCGUGGGACACCGGCUAGAGGGGCCGCUGCAGGCCACGCGUCGCCCCGCGCCCCGUCCCGCACGGGCACCGAGACAGCCCCGCACCUACAGGCUGAACAGGCGACGACGAAAGCAAGUAACGAAAGGUACCCCACACCCUCCAAAUACGACGGAGGAUAGUUCUCAAAAUUCGGACAUGGGUGAAACGAAGGUUGUAUCGCCGCCCACCAGUGCGUCGGAAGUGUCCGCGGAUACGGAGCCCCGACAAGAAGGCAGUGCGCCUGGCGCUGAAGGAGUCUGUAAGAUGGAAGUCGAUGCUGAAGAGUUAAAGGAUGCCCAAGAAGAGCAUAGUGAUAGAAGCAGACAAAGUGAAGCAACCAUGGAUACAAUGUGUACGCCAACAGAAGUAUCUCAGGAUUCGAGUCAGAACACGGGUUCGGACGAAACACCAACGGAUGAGGCGGAAGAGAAAGUGAUACCUAGACUAGUCAACAACACGAUGUCAUUGGAUAUUCUCAAUUCAAUAGAACCGGAGAACUGGACGCAGGCGGAUGUGGCAAAAUUCCUUACAGUUAACGACUGCCACACAUACUGUGUUAACUUUGCUCACAUCGACGGAUCAAUGAUGCUGCAGCUAUCUAAAGAUGAAAUCAUCGAACUACUGGAAAUGAAGGUUGGUCCUUCGCUAAAAAUAUUUGACUUAAUACAACAGUUGAAGUGCAAAAUUAAACAACCUCAGUCUCGAAUCUCUAAUUUCAAAUAGUUUCAAUAAAUUCCAAAAGGAUUUUUAGCACCAUUGAGUUUGUGCUUAGUCCAGCUAGUUUUAACAUCAUAAUGCAACAGACUGAAAUGAUGUACUUUUUGUCACUUUACUAUGAGUAAGGAAUUCAAAAUCAUAUCCUAUAUUUAUAGAAAGUGUGCAUCUCUAAGUUACUAUUAUUUUUAUAAGAUAAGGCAAGACCUUUAUUACAAUUUAAAACAAUUUGCUGCUAUUCUUUACAAAACAUUGAACAUUUAUAAGAAAAGCUGCUUUUAUUGUAUGACGUAAAAUGAAUGUAAUGUCCAUUUAGCUACAUUUGACAUCUUGUACUAAAAUAAUUUUGUUUUGGUUAAAACAUCAUUUACUCUGAUAAUUAUUGUACAUAAAUGUAAAUGUUUGGUAUUCAUUUUAAUGAUAGCAAAUAAAAAGGUUUUCUUAAUCUAAGAGAAUUGUAGUCAUUAAAUUAUAACAAUCAAGCUUAUUCUGCUGCCCAAAAUAAACAAAACUUUAAAUCAUAAAAUAAACCUUGUUAUAAAGGUUUCCAAAUAUCUUGGCGGAUCAAAGCAUCCACUAAAUUACUAUGCAGAAAAAUAUUUUAGUUGAUAGUAGUACAGGGAUGCGGGGAAUGCAUCAGGCAGCUUGCAAGUCACUUUGACCCACCAAGAUAUUGGAAAAGACAAAGUGCGAGUCGUAGUAUUUAUUAAAUACUUAAUUGUUAAAACCAUCGGAGAAUAAAAUAUUUAAAAUAUAUAAACAUAGUAAAUAGAUUACCCAAAUGUGGCCUUAGAUAUACUUAAAAUAUCUUUUGUGUCCUGUAAUUUGAGUUAAAUUGUCAUAGCUAAAUCUUAGAAUAAUGAAUGUAUGGAAAUUUGCUGUAACACCUCAUUGCCUUUACAAAUAGUAAGUUAUAUACUAAUAGUAAUUUGGUACGGCAUGUUUUGUAUUCAUUUUAAAAGUAAAACGGUUUAAUUGGCUGUAUAUUUUUGUAUGGUGCCGUGAAUAUGUCAUUCAUG